CCACCGAAAGUGGCAUCACCGGUCGCCAUUUUACAAGUAGAAUUUUUUUUUCGACACAACGGUUCGAUACACCAACAGUUCGAGGUGCGACAACCAGCGUUGAUGAUUGGGAUUCCGCGGGACGACCGGCAUAAAAUCACGGUUAAAAUCCGAAACAAUAACAUGAAGCGGAGCUCAUCCCGUGAUACACCACCGCCCAGAGUCAAGCGAAGCAGAUCAUCGAUGGGAAGGUACGAUGAAUCCAGCGACGAGCGUAUAACCCCGGACAGAAUCCGUCGUCGCAGCCGAGGAGCGCGCAGUCCCAGUCCCCCACCCCGGGCCUCAUCCCACGCCCGCUACGUCGAGUCCUCAUCCCACCGAGACGAGUACCUCCGGCCCCCAGCUCGUGAGAUUCCCCCCGAGCGCCAGUACAGCUACAAAGUCCUCUGCGUCUCCUCAAUCCACCAAAAGGCCAGUGACGAGAUAAUAAAAGACACCCUCUACCGUGAAUACAAGAAAUUCGGUGAAUUCUCCAUUCGCAUUUCCCACGAGCUCGACGAACGCGUCGCCUUCGUCUGCUUCAGAAGCUCCGAGGACGCCAGAGACGCCAAGCACGCGAAGCCUCGAAUAAUAAUCUACGACAAAGUGGCCAUUGUCGAGCCAGUCUACGAGAGGCCAGAGACUUAUCGUCGAGCUCGUUCAAUCAGUCCUCCAGAGUACGACAGAUAUUAUGCACGUUCACCAGGUCCUGAGCGCCAUCGGCCGAUCGAGCGUUACGAGAGGGUCUACGGUCCACCAGUGGGAAUGCCCCCGCACAGGGAGAUGCGUCGAGAGGCCAUUCCUCCACCUCACCACGACUUCGUCCGUCCACCAAUGCACCAUGGGCCCCCCCACGUUCAUCACCCAGGUGGUCCACCCCACCACUACGGCCCCCCUCGUCACAUGAUGAUUCGUCACCCUGUGCACGGCUUCGAGAGAGUUGAGAACAAAAAGGACAAAUUCCCGAAUUACCUCCAUCACGUCUCUCCAGAGGACGAUCCACUGGCCACAAGAACCCUCUUCGCUGGUAAUUUGGAGAUAAACAUCACCGAGGAAGAGCUCCGCAGGAUUUUUUCAAAAUACGGAAUUGUCGAUGAUAUCGACAUCAAGAGACCCCCACCAGGCACUGGAAAUGCCUACGCCUUCGUGAGAUUCCAGACCCUGGACAUGGCGCAUCGUUGUAAGGUCGAAUUAUCGGGUCAAUAUAUCGGCAAGUUCCAGUGCAAAAUUGGUUACGGUAAGGCAACACCCACGACGAGAAUCUGGGUGGGAGGAUUGGGCCCGUGGACAUCAGUGCCUCAGUUGGAACGAGAGUUCGAUAGAUUCGGAGCGAUCAAGAAGAUUGAUUACAUCAAGGGGGACAGUAACGGUUACAUUUUGUACGACUCCAUUGAUGCUGCACAAGCUGCUGUCAAGGAGAUGAGGGGAUUCCCUCUGGGGGGACCUGACAGGAGGCUCAGGGUGGACUUUGCUGAUGUCACUCCUGGGUUUGGGUUUAAGCCGAGACCCUAUUCUGAGGAGAACUCAGGGGAAUUCAGACAGAGGCCAGUGGAUUACGAACCUUACGAGAGUUACGGAGGGGAGACUGAGUUUAGUUAUGGCUCGAGGGGUUUCCGAGGUGGAAGAGGCGGUUGGCACGAGCGCAGAGGUGGCAGGGGUGGGUCAAGUGCAAGCUACAGGAAUACUUAUCCCGAGGGCUACGUGAGGGAGGAGACAGAGUGGCCGAGCAGGAGACCACCGCCUGAUAUUGAGUACGAAGCACCGAGGCUGAGACGAUCGAUAUCGAGGGAGCCUGGGGUCGACAGAUCCAGAUCGAGAUCACCCAGAAGACGACCCAUCGAUUCAGACUCAGACUCCGAGACCACGAGAACUGGCAUGCUGUCUACGUCAAGAACACUGGCUGAAGUCGCCAGGAAAGCCAUUGCUGUUUGGUCAGGGGCGCUUAUUCUCAAGAAUUCACUUUUCCCAGCCAAGUUUCAUCUCACUGACGGCGACACUGAGAUCAUUGAAGCACUCAUGAAGGACGAGGAGGGCAAACACAUGCUGAGAAUUACCCAGAGGCUCAGACUUGAUCAGCCAAAGUUGGAUGAUGUCUCCAAGAGAAUUCAAACGUCCAGCUCACACGCCAUUUUCUUGGGGCUCGCUGGUUCCAGCACUGCUGUCACCAAUGAGGAUGCCAAUGUUCAGACAAGACCACUCAGAAAUUUAGUAUCUUAUCUCAAGCAGAAAGAGGCUGCUGGAGUUAUUUCAUUGCUUAAUAAGGAUACUGAGGGCACUGGGGUGCUUUAUGCUUUUCCUCCUUGUGCCUUUUCCACUGAGUUGUUGAAGAGAACUUGUCCCAGUUUGAGUGAAGAGGGCCUCAAGGAGGAUCAUCUGGUUAUUGUUGUUGUCAAGGGGGGGAGCGCAUAAAUUGUGGGGGGAUACUGUCUUCCUGAAAUUUUACAUUGGAGUUUUUUACACGAUUCGAUGUGAUUAUUUAUUUUGCAUUCUCUUCCAAAAUUUCAGUGUGUGCCGGGGGGGGGGGGGGGGGGGAGAGGUAUUGCAAUGAAAAAUUUUACGUGUUUUUUUCUUUCAAUUGGGACAUGUAGAUAUCACAGAUGGGGUCGAUUUUUUCCUUCAUUUUAUUCAUUUUUAAUUAAUUGAGAAUUGAGGCGAAAUGUUAGACGAGUGGGUGACAUUGUUUUAGCACUUUUGCCUUAAUUCAUUUGUGGAAUUAAAAAUCAUAAUGCACUUAUAUAUAAAGUACAUUUAUAUAUGAAUUAAGAUAAGGAUAGACAGCCAGAAAAUUGAGGAGAAAACGUGAAACUAAUCUACUGUUGAUUGAUUCAGUAGCGAAGUGGUAAAACGGUUCGAGUCGACUUGGGUCUCAGCUGAGUUUUCGAGGAAUAUCUCCGAA